AUGCGCCAAAGCAUUGAUCUUUCACCCGCCAUAAUCACCACCAUGGCACCACCACCACCACCCUCUCUCAUUCUCUCUACCCUUUUCACUCUAAUUCUCUCCUCCCUCUUAUCUUCGCCGGCGCUGGCCGAGCCCAACGCCGCCCACCAUCCCCACCAUCCCCACCAUCCCCACCAUCCCCACCUCCACCUCCGGUCACUCCACUUCUCCCUCUUCCAGCACGAAACAAUCAACAAAACCGGCUACUUCAUCGUGCCGGGGGUGGCUGGCCCAGGAGUGAGCCAAACCACCACCCCAUUCGGCACCAUGUUUGUUUUUCGCGACCCUUUAACCACGGCUCCCGACCGAGCAUCGAAGCUGGUCGGCACGUCGGAGGGAACCUCCAUAACCUCUAGCCUCGAUGGCUUGCGAAGCCUUAGCAUAGCGAAGAUCAGCUUGCGUUUGAGGAACCAUACCGGUUCGCUCUCCAUCGUGGGUGGGACCCAUAAUGUUAAACCGUCGAACCACCCCAUUGUCGGAGGGACCGGAGAUUUCUUGUUCGUACAAGGCUACGUGACGUCAUCUCCGGUGGAUCUGGUCGGAAUCACGGUGGUUUACAAGUUGGAAUUUCAUAUUUACUGGCCGCCCUACGCAUAAUUUACUUUACUUUAUACAAAAUUUCAGGUUU